GACAUUCCCAGUGUCCCUGGACGCUGGGAUGCUGUGAUUGUGCCGGGAUCUCACCCCUCUCCAUCCUUCCCAGGUGAGCCGGGCGCCAAAGGAGAGAAAGGCGAGAAAGGCGUGGGACUGAUGGGGGACAGCGGCCCCCCGGGACCCCCAGGUCCCCAAGGGCCACCAGGCUAUGGGAAGAUGGGUCCCCCGGGCCCCGUGGGGCAGCAGGGCAUCCCCGGCAUCCCCGGCCCUCCCGGUGCCACGGGGCAGCCGGGCAAGACGGGGCACUGCAGCCCGGCCGAGUGCCUGGGGGCCGUGCCCAUGGAGCAGCCGCUCUUCCAGCCCAAGAACGUCAAGGGUCCCUUCGGCUGAGGGGUCCCGCGCCCCCCGAAUUUGCUGUUAAUGUUGUUAAUAUCGUUUCCCUGCUGUGCCGGGGCCGUGCCCGGCGGGGGGCUCGGGGGUUGUACAGCUCCGUGGCAAUCGCAGGGGCGGGUGGAUCCUGCCCCAGAAAUACACCAGUGCUGGUGUC